AUGUCUGAAGAAACUAGGAUUGUGGUGAUUGGUGCAGGAUUUUCAGGUUUGGCUGCAGCUGCCACUUUGAUCAAGGCUGGAUUUCAGAAUGUUUGCACUACUAAACCAUUUACACAGAACGUUGUAGGUACAAGAAGGUCUGUGCGAGUAAUAAAAAAAAAAACUGCUGAUCUUCGGUGAUUUACACACUCAGCAAUCUUUACAUUUAAACAGGGUUUACACAGAAAACUGCAAAAAAUAAACAAACAAACAAACAAACAAACAAAAAAAAAACAUCCUGUGUGCGGAGGGUCUUCAGGCUGAAACACCUUGUUGUUGAGAGAGAUCACAGGAAGAUGAAUAAAGUGGUCUGAGCUGAUAUAAAGUAUAUUCUAACUCAAACAAACACCAUUUACAACCACUGUGAACAGAAAAGCAUCUCAGAACACAUAACACAUCAAACUUUAUGGUGGAUGAGCCACAACCUGCUUAUUUGCAGCAAAAAACAAUCUGUUAGGAACAUAAUCAGUGCUACAUACAUAUAUAUGCAAACCAGUACAGCAGAUGUUUUGACGUACAUGGAUCAUGUUGACUUAAGGCGUGGUAUAGUGUCACAUGACCUUGCUACAGUCUACUAUAUGGCAUAACAAAGGCAGGUUUCUCCCCUUGUGAAACCGGUAUAAACUCAGCAGAAGAGCACAAAGGCUAUUAAACUGGUGCAAAGACAACACCUUUACUGUUGAAGGAAUCAACUAGAUGUGAGUAGAAUUUAUAGUUUUCAAUUAUUAUCAUGUCCAAAGAUGCCAAGAUCGUGGUGAUUGGUGCAGGAUUUGCAGGUUUGGCUGCAGCAGCCACUUUGAUCAAGGCUGGAUUUCAGAAUGUCAAGAUCCUCGAAGCUAAAGAGCGGGUUGGAGGAAGAGUUUGCACUACUAAACCAUUUACACAGAACAUUAUUGAACUUGGUGCAAACUGGAUCCAUGGACAGAAGGGAAAUGACCUUUACAAACUAGCAAAAAAACAUAAUCUACUAGCUGAAAAAGCUUUGCGAGACAGUUCUGAGAGUUCUCAAGACUACUUUUUUAAAGAGGGUGGAAAACACUUGCCAGAUGAACUUGCUGAUGGGGUCACCUCUCUGUUUGAAAAGCUCACCUCCAAGGCAUUUGACACAGUGUUGGCACGCAGGUAUCGUGACCUUACUUUGGGAGAUUACCUUGAUGUGUCCUUUGCUGAAUCAGCUUUAGCUAAGGCUAAAGAUGGAUCAAGAAUUUUUGAAUGGUGUAAAAGAAAUGAAUGCACAGAUGAGGCUGUAUCUUCUCUGUAUGAAGUGUCUGCAUCUCAGGAAAGUGAAUACAUCACACUGGAUGGGGAAUUUCUUAAUAGCCUAGGUCCGAGGGGUUAUCAAGCAAUUUUAGAUCUUCUUCUGAAUGAUCUACCUUCAGGAACUAUUCUGAACAACACAGCAGUGAAAAACAUCAAGUGGGACAUGGACGAAGAAGAGGACCAUGCUGUCCAAGUGAUCUGUGAAAAUGAUCACAUCUUUGAUGCUGAUCAUGUGAUUGUGACUGUAUCUCUGGGGGUUUUAAAACAACACGCCAGAACCAUGUUUGAACCUGCCUUACCAAAAUCAAAGCUUGAUGCUAUUGACAAGCUUGGCUUUGGCACCGUGGACAAAAUCUUCCUGUGUUUCAAUGAAAGAUUUUGGCCAGAAGACUGUGCAGGAAUCCAACUUACAUGGGACGAGGGACCUGAAGAUAAGUCAGUCUAUAGCAGUCACGAACAAGGAGAUACCUGGAAAGAGACAUGGUUUAAAAAGAUUUCUGGCUUUGACGCUGUUGCCCGUCACCCUAAAGUACUCUGCGGCUGGAUCACAGGCAGAGAGGCUCUUCAUAUGGAAACAUUGCCGGACAGUGAGGUUGGAGACACCUGUGUGAGAUUGCUCAGGUCCUUCACUGGCUGGCAUGUUCCUGAUGUGUCCAAAGUUCUGAUCACAAAGUGGGGUCAUGACUCCAAUGUCUACGGCUCUUAUACAUUCAUUCCCAAAGGAGUGAACGGCACGUCAAAGCAGAAAGCACUAGCAACACCUCUUCCUCCUCAGGCAAAAGCCUCAGACAUUACGCCUCUGCAGGUGCUGUUUGCAGGUGAAGCCACUCAUGAGAACUUCUACACCACCACCCAUGGAGCCUACAUGUCAGGGAUCAGAGAAGCACAGAGACUCAUUAAGCAUUACUCUCAUUAAGCCAUUAAAGCAUCUGUCCAUAAAGAACAUGAUGUGUUUACUGCUUUUAUUAUUAUUUUUCCCUGAAUGUUGAACCAUGAAAGAUUAGAGUUUUGUCACGGUAACAAUUUGAAGAAUAAUUAUUAGUGCAGUAUAUAUUUUGUAAUUAUA